AGCUCUUAUCCCCCAGCCAUCAAAAGAUUCCAAAAUGGAUCCUCCUUGGGAAUAUUUAACCCCCUAAACCCAAACCCCUCGUCAUAAGUCAUUAGCCAUUCCCUCCCUCUCCCCUCUCUCUCUCUCUCUCUCUCUCUCUCUACAUUUACAAGUUGUUCUCCUCCCUUCAGUCUCCGACAGCAUGGCCGAAUCGAGAUGCCUAGAUGUUUCCUUGAUUGGCAAGAAGAGAAACGGAAAGGAUGACUUCGAGAAUGACGAUUUCGUCGUAGCAAAGAAGUCAGUGGUGGCGUGCAACGACCCGGCGGCUUCCCUUGCUGGUGCGAGGCACGAGUUCGGCGAGCAUGGUGGUGUCAAUAUGUCCAUCGAGGCAUCCGCCACGUUCACGGUUAUGGAGCCGGAGACGAUGCGCAGAAUGUUCACUGGGGAGCUGGGCCCCGAUCAAGAUUUCUUCAUCUACAGCCGUCACUUCAACCCUACGGUCCUGAAUCUGGGCCGUCAGAUGGCUGCGUUGGAGGGGACAGAGGCCGCCUACUGCACUGCCAGCGGCAUGUCCGCUAUCUCUACGGUGCUGAUGCAGUUGUGCGGCAGUGGUGAUCACGUGGUGGCGUCCCGGUGCUUGUACGGGGGGACCCACGCCCUGCUCACCCACUUUUUGCCCAGAGCAUGUAACAUAACGACGACAUUCGUGGACGUCAUAGACCUUGAGAUGGUGAAGGAUGCCAUGGUGGAGGGGAAGACCAAAGUACUCUACGUGGAAUCGAUGUCGAACCCUACAUUGACGGUGGCUAACGUACCGGAGCUGAGCAGGAUAGCGCAUGAGAAGGGGGUAAAGGUGGUGGUGGAUAACACCUUCGCCCCGAUGGUGGUAUCUCCGGUUCGCCUCGGUGCGGAUGUGGUGGUUCACAGUAUUUCCAAGUAUAUCAGUGGUGGGGCCGACAUAAUUGCAGGUGCGGUAUGUGGGCCGGAAAGCCUAAUAAACUCGAUGAUGGACCUUCAUCAAGGUGCCCUAAUGCUUCUGGGCCCAACAAUGAAUGCUAAGGUUGCAUUUGAGCUGUCAGAAAGGAUUCCUCAUCUAGGCCUCAGAAUGAAGGAGCACUGUCGUCGAGCAUUAGAGUAUGCUAAAAGGAUGAAGAAAUUGGGCCUGAAGGUUAUAUACCCUGGCCUCGAAGAGCAUCCUCAGCAUUCUCUUCUGAAGUCAAUGGCAAACAGUGAAUACGGGUUUGGUGGUAUUUUAUGCGUGGACAUGGAGACGGAGGAGAAAGCCAACCGGCUGAUGCACCACUUGCAGAAUUAUACCCAGUUCGGGUUGAUGGCAGUGAGUUUGGGUUACUACGAGACUCUCAUGUCAUGUUCUGGUAGUAGUACCAGCAGUGAGAUGAAUGCUGAGGAGAAGGAGUUGGCCGGCAUAUCGCCUGGGUUAGUAAGGAUGUCCAUUGGCUAUAGUGGAACUCUUGACCAGAGGUGGAGCCAAUUUGAGAAGGCACUAACUAGAAUGCAGCAGGAAUUCAGCAAUAAGAACUGAUAACCAAGGUAAAAGUUUUUAUGGUGAACCGGAGUAAUAUCUUCUAUGACUGUAUAGUCAUAUGUGUUUAUGACGCUUUAUUGUGUUCUUAACUAAGACAGCCUGAGGAUGAAUUGUUGCUUCAAUAUGUUCUAUGUUUGUUUAAAUAUUAUGUUGGUGCUUUACCAUAA